UCCCCUUCCAUUUCCACACUCAAAACUCAAACUUCUCCGCCCUAAAUCCCAAAAAUCUCAAUUCUUCUCUAUAAUGGCUUCCACCUUGGCUUCCUCUGUUAUUUCCAAGACUAAUUUCAUUGACACACACAAAUCAUCCUUCUAUGGCGUUCCAAUUUCAUCACAAGCUCGAUUGAAAAUCGUUAAAUCGACUCCACAAAACAUGGCUGUUUCCAUGUCUGCUGAUGCUUCUCCUCCUCCUCCUCCUUACGAUCUCGGAAGUUUCAGUUUUAAUCCGAUUAAGGAAUCGAUUGUUGCUCGGGAAAUGACACGGAGGUAUAUGACGGAUAUGAUCACUUAUGCUGAUACUGAUGUUGUUAUUGUUGGUGCUGGAUCUGCUGGUUUAUCUUGUGCUUAUGAACUCAGCAAGAACCCUGAUGUUCAGGUGGCCAUUCUUGAGCAAUCUGUGAGCCCUGGUGGAGGUGCUUGGCUAGGCGGACAACUCUUCUCUGCUAUGGUUGUGCGUAAGCCAGCACAUCUUUUCCUGAACGAGCUAGGCAUUGACUACGACGAGCAAGACCACUACGUGGUCAUCAAACACGCUGCCUUGUUCACCUCAACCAUCAUGAGCAAGCUUUUGGCCAGGCCAAAUGUGAAGCUCUUCAAUGCUGUUGCAACAGAGGACCUUAUCGUGAAGAACGGAAGAGUCGGUGGUGUUGUCACUAACUGGUCUUUGGUUUCCCAGAACCAUGACACACAAUCAUGCAUGGACCCUAAUGUUAUGGAGGCUAAGGUUGUGGUCAGUUCCUGCGGCCACGACGGCCCCAUGGGCGCCACCGGUGUUAAGAGGCUCAGGAGCAUUGGCAUGAUUAACAGUGUUCCUGGAAUGAAAGCUUUGGACAUGAACGCUGCUGAGGACGCGAUUGUUAGACUUACCAGAGAAGUUGUACCUGGUAUGAUUGUUACAGGAAUGGAAGUUGCUGAAAUUGAUGGAGCACCACGAAUGGGUCCAACUUUUGGAGCUAUGAUGAUAUCAGGACAGAAGGCAGCUCACCUCGCCCUACGAGCGUUGGGAUUGCCCAACGCCCUUGAUGGAACUGCAGAAACAAGCAUCCUCCCAGAGCUUAUGUUGGCUGCAGCUGAUGAAGCUGAAAUUGCUGAUGCUUGAAUGUAAUUAUAGUUUUCUAAGUAAGGAUUAUGAGAAAUAUUAGUUUUUCCUAGAUAAGUGAGUAUGGUUGUGGUGGUGAAUGAUAAAUUGGCAAGGGGAUGAUGAAUAAGAGUCUUUAAGAUGAAAGUCACUGUGUUAACUUUGACUAUUUUCUUUUGAUUAUUUCGAUUUCGAAACUUUGUAUGUGAAAAAAGUGGUAGAUUUUAGUUUUGGUCGUUGAAUAAUCUUAUGGGCCUUUUGGGUUUCGUUUUGGUACUUGAUAUGGUUUGGGCCUCAUUGGAGAAGCCAUAUGAAUGAACAUUGUGAUUGGGCCAAUUA